AUGGGCAUGGUGUCUGUGCACCAGCUCUUCAGCGACGAGCUGCCAGAUGAGGACUUGGCCCUGGGUUCCGUGCUGGAAACGAGGCGGCGGCAGCUGCAAAGACGGCAGCGUCGAUCCUUGCUUGCCAGCUUUCCGCAGCAUGGGAACUUGGAGAAGCAAUUGCAAGAUAUCCUGCACUGUUCAGCAAGAAUUUGUACAAACAUCCUACUGCUCCGUCACGCAGAAGGCCACAGUGGAGCAGGCGUCUUGCGAGAGGGCAAAAGCCUCUCAGAGGCUGAGGGCGGCCUUGUUGCGGAGGGGCGUGGUCUCUCCGCGGUGGCUGGGCAUCCCAGGAAGCCAGGAAGUCGGUGA